ACGUUAUGCUGUCAAAUCUGCGUAGCCGCAAAACUGUACUGUCAUUGUCGACGCAUCUCAUCAAAAACUGCAAGCCGUAAACAUUUAACCUCUCGUCCUAUUGUAAUACGGUUCAUCAACUUCGUUCGAAAUGUCUAUUCUCGCGUACAAUGGUGGCUGUGUAGUGGCGAUGAAAGGCAAAAAUUGUGUAGCUAUCGCCACGGAUCACCGUUUUGGUGUUCAGGCCCAGACAAUUGCAACCGAUUUCGAGAAGGUGUUUGAGAUAAAUCCACACAUGUAUUUGGGCCUGGUCGGCCUACAAACAGAUAUCCUAACGGUCCACCAGCGGUUGGUAUUCCGCAAGAAUCUGUAUGAAGUACGGGAAAAUCGUCAAAUGACACCGGAUCGUUUCGCCGCAAUGUUAUCCAAUUUCCUGUACGAAAAACGUUUCGGGCCGUACUUUAUCGAGCCUGUGAUCGCCGGAUUGGAUCCAAAAACGUACGAACCGUUUAUCUGCAAUAUGGAUCUAAUUGGUUGCCCCAACAAACCGAAUGACUUCGUCGUUGCGGGUACUUGUGCCGAACAGCUGUAUGGAAUGUGUGAAACAUUGUGGAAGCCAGAUCUUGAGCCAGCCAAUCUUUUCGAGGUGAUCUCACAGGCGCUGGUGAAUGCUUUUGAUCGGGAUGCUAUUUCCGGUUGGGGUGCGACAGUUUAUAUUGUAGAGAAGGAGAAACUUACCGUGAAGAAAUUGAAAACUAGAAUGGAUUAAUGCGAUCAUUGGAUAUGUUAUUUGUUAGAAAGGAUUGUUUCCCAGGCGAGGUGGAAGUGAAUCAACUGCAGUAUGCUCUUUUUCCUUUGUACUAUCGAAAAAUUCAGCAAAAUAAAUUACUAUAAGGAAUACGAAAA